UAUUAAAAAAUAGAAAAAGUUCUGAGUCAGCUGUUUGCUCUGUGGUUCGUUGUAUGACCACUUGAGAUUUUAAUCUACUAUGGCGGUAAAUAAAAGUAUCAUUGUUCUUACGCCCAACGGUCGUCGACAAAAUGUUGAAGUUACUCCAAAUACAACUAUUCUUCAGGUCCUGGAAGAAGUUUGUAAAAAACAUGGAUAUAAUGCAAACGAUUAUGACAUUAAACACUUCAAUAAGAUAAUAGAUGUAAAUUCCAUAUUGCGUUUCACUGGUUUAUCUAAUAAUGCACGGGUGGAAAUGGUUCCUUGUAAAAAACCACGUAAUGCAUCAAAAGUUACAGUGGGCAUUCUAUUUGAGAAUGGUGAACGAUUAAUGGAUGAUUUUUCACCAGAUGUUACUUUGGCACACGUUUUAACAACCAUUUGUCCUAAUGAAGACCGCAAAACUGCAGUAAUAAUAUAUAUGCAUCGUAAGGUGCAUGGUGAAGCUUUAGAAGAAACAACUUUAAAAUCAUUGGGCCUUACUAGUGGUAAAGCAAUGUUACGAAUGAUGCAUCGUGAUUUGGAACAAUUACAAACACAGGCACAUGUAUCUCAAACUUUAUUACCAAAGUCUUCAAAAAACUUGGAUGAUAAUGAUGAUAAUGUUUGUAUCAAAUAUGAUAAACAAAAAAUUUCUUCUACGUCUAAGGAAGGCAAAGCUGUAGAUCCUAUUACAUUGUUGAAAGAAGAAAGAAAUAAAAUGAGAUCACAAGAUUCGAUUCAUAUAGGAAAUAUUACAACGAUAGAUAAAGAUAAAGGGUCAGAUAAUAAAGACAAGGAUAAUGUUAUAAAUACAAGUACAUGUCGUAAAGAACUGUUAAAUCAGAAUGAUGUAAAAGAUGAACUCAAUGCAAAUUUACAUUCAGACUCGGAGGAAGAGAUUAAUAUAGAGUUUUUGGGAGAACGAAAUGCGUUAGUAUUUAAUCAAGCUGAAGUACAAGCAUUUCCUAAAAAUGAAUUACCAGAUAGUUUUUUCAAUUUAACGGUCGAAGAUGCCAAGAUACUCCUACGAGAUGCUAAACGAAAGAGAGAAGAGUUAGAAGAAGCACCACUUUUAAUUGAAGCUCAACGUAAACUUGAGCAAGAUAAACGUACAUUGGCACAACUGAAUAAAUAUCGCAGGGUAGUGAUUCGUGUUCAGUUUCCAAAUCAAUUGGUUCUCCAAGGUUGGUUUAAACCUCUUGAAACGGUGCAAGCAAUUAAGGACUUUAUUAAAAAUUUUCUAGAAGAUCCAACUUGUGACUUUACUAUUUAUACUGCUCCACCAAAACACAUUUUAAAGUCAGAAGCACGAUUAAUAGAUGAAAAUCUUGUACCGUGUGCUAUUGUAUAUUACUCUGGACCAUCAUCUUUAGCACCAUCUGUAAAAGAAAAAUUAAUAGAUCCUAGAAUUGCCAAUAAACAAGUAAUUAAAUCAAGAAUGAAUGUAUCACCUGAAGAAAAUGUUAAUACAGAGAUAAAAAAAAGUAAAACAAUAGAAGAUAUCACAGCUGUUCCAGGACCCAGUGGUUGCUAACUAUUAAAAAAAAAAAAGAAUAAAUAAAUAAACAAUAAUUAUCUUAUAGAGAACAAAUAUUAUAUAAUCU